AUGGAAACACCUCGACAAAUGUUUUUAAUUCAAAUAUUGAAUGAUGAAAAUUUACGAUCUCCAAAUUAUAUAACAGUUAAAGUUCUUCAGGAAAUCAAAAAAGCUAAUUGUGAUUUAAUAAUAAUAAUAAUACAGGACGGAUACUCUGUUAAACAUUUUUUAAACUUUAUCCAUGAGAAUAGAAUUCUAAAUACGAAGGCUAAUUACAUAAUGUUGCAUGAUUAUCGUAUAUUAAAUUCAGAAAUGUUACAUAUAUGGAACAAAAUAUUAUCUUGUGUUUUAAUAAAAAAAAUUGAAAGAGAUCGUAAAUUUGAAAAUAUGUCAACGUGGUUUGAAUUAUUGACAGUCCCAUAUCCAAAUAUCAUUUUAAGAGAAACAUUUUAUGGAAAACUUUUAAACCGAUGGAAAUACGGAAAAAUGCAGCGUAGAAAUGUUAAUUUCUUUAACGACAAAACUACAAAUUUACAAGGUGUCCGUUUAAAAACUGCAAUGUACGAACACUUUCCGAUGGUUAUCAAAACUUCAAACUCCAAGCCAUAUAAAGGAAUUGAAUACAACAUUUUAAACGCAAUUCAGAAAAAAAUGAACUUCAAAAUGAAAAUUUAUGAAACUUCGGAUUCAAAAAUUGAAAAAUGGGGUCGACAACUUCCCAAUGAAUCUUUUACUGGACUGGCUGGUGAAAUUGUUUAUGGAAGAGCACAUUUUGUUAUUGGUAACUUAUACGCGAAUCUUUUCAACUUAAAAAUUAUGGAUUUUAGUAUAGCACAUUCAAUUGAAUGUUUGACAUUUCUGACACCGGAAUCAUCAACAGAUAAUUCUUGGAAAACAUUAUUUGCACCUUUUAGUGGUGAAAUGUGGGCAUGCGUUAUAAGUUCACAAAUUUUAAUAGGCUUAAUUUUUUAUUAUUUAAAAGCACAAAGCGCCUUUUUGAAAGAUACUUUCGACGAUUUAUCCAACUGCUUUCUCCUUACUUAUAGUAUGUUACUUUUAGUAUCAUUAUCAAAAAUGCCUAAAAGCUGGUCUUUAAGAGUAUUAGCAGGAUGGUAUUGGACUUAUUGUCUACUUAUAGCCUGCACUUAUAGAGCUAGUUUUACGGCAAUUUUGGCAAAUCCUCCAUCAAGAAUUACCGUUGACAGUGUAAGGGAGUUGUCUGAAAGCGGAAUUAAAUGCGGAGCAUUGGGUUUUAAUAAUAAAAUUUUAUUUCAGGAUUCGUUCGAUGAAUAUGUUCAAAAAAUUGGAAAUUAUUUGGAACACGUAGAAACAACAGAAGGAGUAACUUUAAGAAUUCUUAAAGGUGAUUUUGCUUAUUUUGAUAAUGGAUACUUUUUAAGAUACCUUAGAUCAAAUACUAAAAAUGAAAAAACUGAGAAAGAAAACUUAAAUGCAGAUGCCUUGCAUAUUAUGAAAAGUUGUGUGUAUAAAAUGCCAGUCUCAAUUGGGAUGGAGAAAAAUUCUCCGCUUAAACCAAGAGUUGACAAAUAUAUUAGAAGAUUAAUGGAAGGAGGUCUUUUAACUAAAUGGUUAAAAGAAGUAAUAGAAGAUUUGCCAGUCGAAGCUGAAGCACCUCAAGAAGCAUUAAUGGAUUUAAAUAAAUUCUGGAGUUCUUUUGUUGUGUUAGGCAUAGGGUAUUUUUUAGCUUUUUUAGCACUGAUUUAUGAACACUUACAUUUUAAAUAUAUUGUUCAAAAACAUCCGCUGUAUGAUAAAUUUAAUCCGAAAAAAUAUUAUAAUUUUGUUAGAGGAAAGAAGCAAGCAAGUAACAAAAGAUACUAA